UUUCAGGAUAUGGCUUCAGAUUUUGGUAAUCCAUUGAAAAAGUUCAAAUUGGUAUUUCUGGGUGAACAGAGUGUUGGGAAAACAUCGUUAAUAACACGGUUCAUGUACGACAGUUUUGAUAAUACCUAUCAGGCUACUAUAGGAAUCGAUUUCUUGAGUAAAACUAUGUAUCUCGAAGAUAGAACGGUUCGGUUACAACUUUGGGAUACCGCAGGUCAGGAACGUUUUCGAUCUUUGAUCCCAUCUUAUAUCCGUGAUUCAACUGUCGCCGUUGUUGUAUAUGACAUUACAAAUGCCAAUUCCUUUCACCAGACAUCAAAAUGGAUUGAUGAUGUACGUACUGAAAGAGGAAGUGAUGUUAUCAUUAUGCUCGUGGGCAACAAAACUGAUCUAGCGGACAAACGGCAGGUAUCUACUGAGGAAGGUGAGCGCAAGGCAAAGGAAUUGAAUGUUAUGUUUAUUGAAACAUCGGCAAAAGCUGGAUACAAUGUGAAGCAGCUUUUCCGACGUAUUGCUGGAGCGCUGCCCGGCAUUGAGGCCGAUCAGAGAGAUAAGCAUGACAUGCAAGAAGUGAAGUUAAGCGAUGCGCCUAUUCGACAAGUUCAAAUGCAAGAAAGUGGUUGUUGGUGUUGAGGCCAUCAUUAUUGCUUUAGUAUCGAAAAAUAUCAACCGGGAUACCAUCGCCAUAAAACAUUGUUCCGUUUUUGAAAUAUUUGCAUGCAUUCUGCGUUGAACGCAGUGUCGAAAUGAUAUUUAUUAUAAUUUUUGUUACCAUUUUUAUUUAAAUUGCAGUCCUUGAAAUUUCUGUUCUUUUGCCUUUUUUCUUGUGGUCAUUUUGAAACUCGAGUCAUUAAUACACAUAAUUCUGCUUUUGUUGAUUCGAAGUAGCUUUUUAGCUCAUAUAAGGAGGAAAUUUAGUAUGUGCGCCUUGUACGGUUGUUUAUAUUAAUGAUGAAGAAACCGUUUGAAUUUCAGAUACGUUUGAAAAAAUCAAAUUUAAGUGGUUAAGUUUUCAAGAAGUCUCGCUCCCUGCGUAUUUCUACCGUCGCUGAGAGUGCAGUCGCUUUAAUACAUUUCGAGCAGUAGCUGUUUUUUCGAGCGAUAGCUGUACUGCUGUUAAUUUGCUACUAAAAAUGAACAAUUUUUAUGGCUUGAAUUGCGUGUCAAAUUUGGUGCUUUGUCUCAAUUUAAUGAAUUCCCUUUUACUUCACACAGAAUUUGAUGCAUCAGUUUUUGACGAAAGUCGUUUUUUUCCGUCAGCAUGUAUUGCCUUGCUUAUUGUUGUUUUUUUCCUUUUUUUUUCCUGGGUGUAACGGUAAUAGUAUCGUAUCUUUUACAUUCCUGAAUUUCUUUAUUUUCGGUGUUUAAAAUUUAGAAGCUAUCAAUUUAAUUGGAACAGGUGAUUGGCAGAACAAAGUCAAACAAAGUGAGGUAUUCGAAACUUUCCAUUUUAAAAUAUACCGUCGUCGUUGGUAACUCAGUACUUCUAACAUAUUGUAUUACUGUGUUGUUUGUAAGAAUUCCAAAAUAAUUACGGUGUAUUACAGCCGUUAAGUUGGAAUGAUUAGUAAAAUGUUUCAGAUCCAUUACUUUGUGUUUAAAAUUUCUCAACUUUUCCAGCGGCGUUUUGAAAUGUUCCCAGUUUAUGAACAUUUCUUUUUCUCAUAUUUUCAAGUAAAGUAC